GCCGCCUCCUUGUUUUGAUGAAUAAUCUCUGUGAGGGGAAGGCAGGCGAAGGGAAGGCCGAGGCGGAGGGGAAGGGGGCGGGCCGGAGGGGCUAGGAAAGCGGCAGGCUUCGGGGCCUAGUCUUCCCUCAGGGGCUUGGAGGGGUUGUUGGCGAGGGAAAGGGGAAAGGGAGCCACCCUGGGCCUCUGGAAGCCUGGGAGAGCUGGGAACUCACUCCCGGGCUCCCAAGGCACUGCCUUCCCAGGACGUGGACUCUCCCUCAGACUGGGAACUGUAUUUCCAGUCCAACUGGGACACCAAGACGUUGACUCUCUGGUGAAACUGGGACUCCAGGACGUGGACUCUCCCUCAGACUGGGAACUAUAUCUCCAGUCCAACUGGGACGCCAAGACGUUGACUCUCUGGUGAAACUGGGACUCCAGGACGUUGACUCUCCCUCAGACUGGGAACUGUAUUUCCAGCCCAACUGGGACGCCAAGACGUUGAAUCUCUGGUGAAACUGGGACUCCAGGACGUGGACUCUCCCACAGACUGGGAACUAUUAUCUCCAGUCCAACUGGGACGCCAAGACGUUGUAUCUCGGGUGAAACUGGGACUCCAGGACGUUGUAUCUCCCACAGGCUGGGAACUGUAUCUCCAGUCCAACUGGGACGCCAAGACGUUGUAUCUCUGGUGAAACUGGGACUCCAGGACGUUGACUCUCCCUCAGACUGGGAAUCCAGGGAGUCCUCUCUCCAGCCCAACUAGGACAGCAAGACAUUGGCUCUCUAGUCAAGCUGGGACUCCAGGACGUUGACUCCCCCACAGACUGGGACUCCAUGUGUGGCUCCUUUUGUACUCUUGCUAUGGGUGGGCUCUGGUGCUUCUUCUAGGUGGAGGCAGGGCUGUCGUUGUCUCUAUGGGACUCUGAUACACUCAGAAGCCAAUAUUGAGUAGGCCUCUGGAGAUAGGCGCUCUCUAUGGGACUCUGGUACACUCAGAAGGCACGUUUCCUGUGACAUUUGGAGAUAGGGAUCGGCGCUACCCUUGCAAAGCUGCACAUUUGGGCUCCUGUCUAGGAAAAGCUUCAGGAUCUAUGGGCCUAUAGGGUUUCUUGCAGACAGGAGGGUUUCCAAUUUGCAUUCUCCUUCUUGUGAGACAACAAGGGGGAUUUCUGCUUUACACUCGCCUGCCGUUAUAGAAAACCGAGGAGUAGAGUUUUGGAAACCCACCUCAGGCUGCUUGGACCUUUGUCGUCUAGGAAACUUUGGGGUCUGAAAGGAUAUUAGGCCUACCCCAUAGGGUUUCUUGCAAACAGAAGGGUUUCCAAUUUGCAUUCACCUUCUGGUGAGACAACAAGGGGGAUUUCUGUUUUACACUCAACUGCCAGAUAGAAAACCGAAGAGUAGAGUUUCAGAAAACCACCUCAGGCUGUUUGGGUCUCUUGUCGUCUAGGAAACUUUGGGGUCUGAAAGGAUAUUGGGCCUACCCCAUAGGGUUUCUUGCAGACAGAAGGAUUUCCAAUUUGCAUUCGCCUUCCAGUGAGACAAGAGGGAUUUCUGCUUUAUGCUCGCCUGCCGUUAUAGAAAACAGAGUACAGUUUCGGAAACCUAUCUCAGACUGCUUGGGUCUCUUGUCGUCUAGGAAACUUUGGGGUCUGAAAGGAUAUUGAGCCUACCCCAUAGGGUUUCUUGCAGACAGGAGGGUUUCCAGUUUGCGUUUGCCUUCUGGUGAGACAACAAGGAGGAUUUCUGCUUUACACUCAACUGCCGGAUAGAAAACUAAGCAGUAGAGUUUCGGAAACCCACCUCAGGCUGCUUGGGUCUCUUGUCAUCCAGGAAACGUUCAAACGAGGGCAGAAAAGUAGCCUAGAUUGUGUAGAAAUAGGUGGAGUAGAGUUUCCGAAACCCACCUGAGGCUCCGUGGGUCUCUGUCGUCUAGGAAACGGUGAAAAUAGGGCAGAAAAGCAGCCUAGAUUGUGUAGAAAUAGGAGGAAACAGUCAAAAUAGGGCCGCAAAGUAGCCUAGAUUUUCCCAGGAGGAUUCCCACUUUGCAUUUGCCUUCUGGUGAGACGACAAGGAGGAUUUGGGCUUUACACUCGCCUGCCAUUAUAGAAAACAGAGGAGUAGAGUUUCAGAAACCCACCUGAGGCUACUUGGGUCUCUUGUCGUCCAGGAAACGGUCAAACUAGGGCAGAAAAGAAGCCUAGAUUGUGUAGAAAUAGGUGGAGUAGAGUUUCCGAAACCCACCUGAGGCUGCGUGGGUCUCCGUUGUCUGGGAAACAAUCAAAGUAGGGCCGAAAAGUAGCCUAGAUUUCCCAGGAGGAUUCCCACUUUGCAUUUACCUUCUGGUGAGAUAACAAAGGGGAUUUCUGCUUUACGUGUUCCUGUCCGAUAGAAAACGGAGGAGUAGAGUUUCUGAAACACACCUCAGGCUGCUUGGGUCUCCAUCGUCUAGGAAAAGUUCAAAAUAGGGCAGAAAAGUAGCGUAAAUUUCCCAGGAGGAUUCCCACUUUGCGUUCUGGUGAGACAACAAGGAGGAUUUCUACUUUACGUUCACUUGCCGUUAUAGAAAACUGAGGAGUAGAGUUUUGGAAACCCACCUAGGUCUCUUGUUGUCCAGAAAACGAUUACAAUAGGGCAGAAAAUUAGCCUAGAUUGAGUAGAAAUAGGAGGAGUAGAGUUUCUGGAACCCACCUGAGAUUACUUGGGUCUAGGAAACGUUCAAAAUAGGGCUGAGAGGUAUCCUAGAUUCUGGAGAAAUAGGAGCCACAACUUUAAUGUUUUAAGUGCCUACAAAAAGAGGCUUUCAAAGCUGAAAGUACAGGAAGGCCUGAAGGUUUGACUACCAAACAAAGUUGUUUGUACAGAGUUUUCCGUGUGUGUUUGUUGUCGUCCGUCUAACCGGAGAGAAGGGAGCUGCUUGUUGCCCCAAGGGCAGAAAGUGUCUUCUGUGGUCUUGCUCUUUUUAACUCCUGACUAUGCAACUCUGAGGCACCCCUUUGGGAAAAGAGAGAGAGGCAGCAGGACAGGGAUUCCCACAGAGACUCUCUGUUCUCCAAGGAGGCCCUUGAAGGGAAGUACGGAGCCUCCCCUUCCCCCAGACGCCUUUCACCAUUAAGAGGAAAACAAUGGAGGAGCUGAGCGCUGACGAGAUCCGGCGACGGCGCCUUGCCCGGCUCGCUGGCGGGCCGUCUUCCCAGCCCACCACCCCGCUGACGUCUCCACAGAGAGAAAACCCGCCAGGGCCACCGGUAGCCGCCCCGUCCCCUGCGGCGCCCCAGAGCCUUGGGCUGAAUGUCCACCCCAUGACCCCCGCUACCUCGCCCAUCGGUGCAUCAGGUGUCCCCCACCGAAGCCAGAGCAGCGAAGGCGUCAGUUCUCUCAGUAGUUCUCCAUCAAACAGCCUCGAAACACAGUCUCAGUCCCUCUCCCGGUCGCAAAGCAUGGACAUUGACAGCGUAUCUUGCGAGAAAAGUAUGUCCCAGGUGGAUGUAGAUUCGGGAAUUGAAAACAUGGAGGUCGAUGAGAAUGACCGAAGAGAGAAACGGAGCCUUACUGACAAGGAACCUCCUUCGGGAUCCGAAAUCUCAGAGGAACAAGCCUUACAGCUCGUCUGCAAGAUCUUCCGGGUCUCGUGGAAGGACCGGGACAGAGACGUCAUUUUCCUCACUUCGCUUUCGGAGCAGUUUAAGCAGAACCCGAAAGAUGUUUUUUCGGACUUCAAAGAUCUGAUCGGACAGAUCCUGAUGGAAGUUCUGAUGAUGUCGACCCAUGCGAGGGAAGAAAACCCUUUUGCCAGCUUGACUGCCACGUCACAGCCCAUCGCGGCUGCGGCCCGGUCGCCCGAUAGAAGCCUGGUUCUCAACAUGGGCUCCAAUCCGGGCACGAGCCCCAUCUUCUGCAACGUGGGCUCCUUCGGCUCCAGCUCCUUGUCAAGUCUCUACGCAACUAGUCCUGCUCCUGUUUUCAUUUCCCCGAGCCCCGUGCCCCCUUCGGCUGGCUCCUGUCUCACGGUUCCCGCCAGCCCUGCCUCGGUUUCCCCUCUUUCGACUGGGCCUCACCUCACUCCGAGCGCCCAGCCCUCCUCCCCCAGGUACCGCCCCUACACCGUGGCUCAUCCCGCGGCCUUUCCGGCUCCUCCUCCGGCCGCGGUGGCAAGCACUUCCAUGCUCUCCCGCUCCCCAACUCCUCCUGUCGUAAGCCCUCCAGGAUUGCUAGCCACUUCCCCUCGGAUGAGGCCGGUCCCUAUGGCUCUGCCUCUUUUCACCGCUCUGGGCAGGCGCUCGUCCCUCCUGAGCAGGACGCCGUCUAGUCUGUACGAGAACCCUUUCUCCCUCCUCCUUGCCGUUUCCGAUGUCUCUGGGGACAGCUCUGACGAAGAAAAGGAGGAUGACGAGGAGGAGGAGGAGGAUUUUUCUGGUGUCCAGUUUGGGUCCAGCGGAGGAGGCUCUGGAGGAGGAGGAGGAGGCGGCAGCAUCUCCGACUCGUGCAGCGACCAUUUCACUAUCGAGACAUGCAAGGAGACGGAGAUGCUGAACUACCUCAUUGAGUGCUUCGACCGGGUGGGGAUUGAAGAGCGGAAAGCCCCAAAGAUGUGUAGCCAGCCAAUGGUGAGCCAGUUGCUGAGCAACAUCCGAUCCCAGUGCAUUUCCCACGCUGCUUUGGUGCUCCAAGGGUCGCUCACACAACCGAGGUCGCUACAGCAGCAGUCGCUGCUAGUCCCAUAUAUGCUCUGUCGGAAUCUGCCUUUCGGCUUCAUCCAAGAGCUGGUGAGAACGACCCAUCAAGAUGAAGAGGUCUUCAAGCAGAUAUUUAUCCCCAUUUUACAAGGCCUGGCUCUUGCUUCGAAAGAAUGUUCCCUCGAUAGCGACAACUUUAAAUACCCCCUAAUGGCUUUAGGCGAACUCUGUGAAAUCAAGUUUGGGAAGUCUCACCCCGCGUGUAGCUUGGUCGUCUCUUUGCCUCUCUGGCUGCCAAAGCCCCUGAGCCCUGGAACGGGCCGGGAACUACAAAGACUGUCCUACCUGGGGGCUUUCUUCAGUCUCUCCGUCUUUGCCGAAGACGAUCCCAGAGUGGUUGAAAAGUAUUUCUCGGGGCCUGCCAUCACCCUGGAAAACACCCGGGUGGUCAGCCAGUCCUUGCAGCAUUACCUGGAGUCUGCCAGGCAAGAGCUGUUCAAGAUCCUCCAUAGUCUCUUACUCAACGGAGAAACCCGAGAGGCCGCUCUGAGUUAUAUGGCUACCGUGGUCAACGUCAACAUGAAGAAGGCCCAGAUGCAGACGGAUGACCGGCUGGUGUCGACUGAUGGCUUCAUGCUCAACUUCCUGUGGGUCCUUCAGCAGCUCAGCACCAAGAUCAAGCUGGAGACGGUUGACCCUUCCUACAUCUUCCACCCUCGGUGCCGCAUCGUGCUUCCAGCCGAUGAAACUCGGGUGAAGGCCACCAUGGAAGAGGUCGGCGGAUGGGUGACGGAGCUGUCGAGAGACCUGUCUCUUUUCUCCGAGCCCAAAUUCCCGACCGAGUGCUUCUUCCUGACCCUCCACGCGCACCAUCUUUCCAUCCUCCCAAGCUGCCGCCGAUACAUCCGCAGACUGAGGGCCAUCCGGGAGCUGAACAGGACUGUGGAGGAUUUGAAAAACAACGAAAGCCAGUGGAAGGAUUCCCCUCUGGCCACCAGGCAUCGAGAAAUGCUGAAACGCUGCAAAACGCAGCUCAAGAAGCUGGUGCGGUGUAAAGCCUGUGCUGAUGCCGGCCUCUUGGACGAGAACUUCUUGCGGAGGUGCCUCAAUUUCUACAGCAUUGUGAUCCAGCUCUUGCUCCGGAUCCUGGACCCUGCCUACCCUGACAUCAAGCUGCCUUUAAACCUAGACGUCCCGAAAGUGUUUGCGGCGUUGCCUGAGUUCUACGUGGAGGAUGUCGCGGAGUUCUUGUUUUUUAUUGUUCAAUAUUCGCCUCAGGUACUUUAUGAGCCCUGCACUCAGGACGUGGUGACCUUCCUCGUGGUGAUGCUCUGCAACCAGAACUACAUCCGGAACCCCUAUUUGGUGGCCAAACUGGUGGAGGUGAUGUUCAUGACCAACCCGGCCGUCCAACCACGGACGCAGAAGUUCUUCGAGAUGAUCGAGAACCACCCGCUCUCCACCAAGUUGCUGGUGCCCUCCCUGAUGAAGUUCUACACAGAUGUUGAGCACACCGGGGCCACCAGUGAAUUCUACGACAAAUUCACAAUCCGCUACCAUAUCAGCACCAUCUUCAAAAGUCUCUGGCAGAACAUCGCUCACCAUGGCACCUUCAUGGAGGAGUUCAACUCAGGCAAGCAGUUUGUCCGUUAUAUUAACAUGUUGAUCAACGACACGACGUUCCUGCUGGACGAGAGUUUGGAGUCCCUGAAGCGUAUCCACGAAGUGCAGGAGGAGAUGAGGAACAAGGAACACUGGGACCUGUUGCCCCGGGACCAGCAACAGGCCCGACAGUCUCAGCUGGUGCAGGACGAACGGGUGUCGCGCUCUUAUCUGGCCCUGGCCACCGAAACCGUGGACAUGUUCCAUAUCCUCACGAAGCAAGUUCAGAAGCCUUUCCUCAGACCUGAACUUGGGCCGCGCCUGGCCGCGAUGCUGAACUUCAACCUCCAGCAGUUGUGUGGCCCCAAGUGCCGCGACCUGAAGGUCGAGAACCCUGAGAAGUACGGCUUCGAACCAAAGAAACUCCUGGACCAACUGACGGACAUCUACCUGCAGCUGGACUGUGCCCGCUUCGCAAAACAAAUAGCCGACGACCAGAGAUCCUACAGCAAGGAGCUCUUUGAGGAGGUGAUUUCAAAGAUGAGGAAAGCUGGCAUCAAGUCGACCAUAGCGAUUGAGAAAUUCAAGCUGCUGGCCGAGAAGGUCGAGGAGAUCGUGGCCAAGAACGCCAGGGCCGAAAUCGACUACAGCGAUGCUCCAGAUGAGUUCAGAGAUCCGCUCAUGGACACGCUGAUGACGGACCCGGUGAGGUUGCCCUCGGGGACCAUCAUGGACCGAUCUAUCAUCCUCCGGCAUCUCCUGAACUCCUCCACGGAUCCCUUCAACCGGCAAACGCUAACGGAGAACAUGCUGGAACCAGUCCCAGAGCUGAAAGAGCAGAUCCAAGCUUGGAUGCGAGACAAGCAGAACUCUGACAAUUGAGCCCCCCCUCAAAUGGCGGAGCAGCCGUGGCGCGGCCCCCUGGGAAAAGCAGGGCAUGAUGGGCCGGAAAGCGAUUGGAGGGGGGUGCCUUUCCGCCGAGGAGGCCGUGGGACUGCUUUGGAAGCGGAAGCUCACUCAGUGCCUGCUGCCGCCAAGGAAUCUGGACGCUUGCGGACAAAAGAGGAGAAGAACAGCGGCAAAAAAAAAAACAAAAAAACGAAA